GUCCACACCCUGCUACUUACACUGCUUGACCCCUUUCCCAUGUUCUUCCGCAACAACAUUUAGUCAAUCGGAAGUGAAAACCGAGAAUUUAAGAAUCUGACUUGGACUACUUUUACUUCAUUCAUACAAAAGAGAGAUCAAUAAAGGCCAAAAUGCAACCCCUGUGGAAGUCAUACGACGAUGGCGCCGUAGAAUGGGACCAGACGCCAUGCAGAGGCUGCGGGCAAUAUGGCAAGCACACCGUUUUCAAGCAUAGGAGCUGUGCAACGAUGGAACUUGAAUCCUCCGUUGCUGCGCGAGUCCUAACCGAUCGCGCUUGGGAACGGCUACAGCGUAUUAUCAAAGAUGCAGAAUACACAAUCUCGGAGCUCAACGAGGAGUUUCAAGUGGCAAAUGAUACCGUGUCUGAAUUGGAAGAUGCCAUUACGAAGGUUGAACAAGAGGCAAUCUCGGAAGCCGUCCUUGAGCCUUUGAGAAGGGCGUUGCGCAAUGCGCAGGAAACUCGUGACAGCGUUCAAUCGACUCACAUCAACCACAAACAGAUGCGAGCGUCACUGUACAGACAGAAAAUGGCAAUGUGCGACUUGCUGAAUGUGGCAGAGGUUCGCGAGGAAUUGGCCAUUGAGGUGUGUCUAACGACCCGACCGACCAGCCGAGACAUGAGACUGGAGGCGAGGUUUAGCAGAGGAGCACACGCAUCGGAACGGGCCAGGUGGUGGCAACAGGACGAGUUCGACGACCCCGAAGAGCUCGGAGAGGACGAGCAGGAACGAUAUCGGUCCUUCCUGGUAGAUUGGAAGUUUCGGCGAAGGGAUAAAAUCCGCGACCCGACAAUCGACAUGCUCGGCGAAUGUUUGCAGCUACCACCCUUUAGCCAUCCUCCGGGCUGCGCACGCCCAGGCAUUCAGUUCGUAGAUGAAGGUUGGGGUCAUACUUCCACUCCAGUAGCCUCGUCGCCGCCCGUCCACUCGAUCAAGAUUGAGGAUGAGAAAGACGAGGAGUCUGUCAGGUGUACUACGCUCGGGCCUUCACCGCCCAUGUCUUCACCAGAGACGAUGUCGAGUCCCCGCAGACUGUUGUGGGGGCAUACCAAUGACAGAGCGACACGAGGCAGUGUGAAGCGCGAGGACAGCUCUCAUCCGGCGUCCGAUGAUUCGAUAGAGGAGGCGCUGGGCCGCGCAUUCAGAAACGUCGAGAGGUCUGACAGUGCUGGUGCUACCGCGGCAACGGGCCGGGCCCUACGAACUACGGACGCUACUCGGCAGGCGCGCCGGGUCAGGCCGUACUAGAGUGAGACGCGGGUUGAGACCCCCGAAACCUCGGGAUGCCUGCGUGGAAGGGUUCUAGAAUGGAACGUUUGUACACUUAUGACAUUUAUAUUAUACGGAGUAGCUAUGAACAACUUUAUGAAACAGAGACCAAGUUCGCUCCGGGGACAUUGGCACAUUGGAUUGACAGAAACGGUUGGGAACUU